CUCAUUUUCUCUUACAGCUUCAUACUUUCUCUUCCUGAAUCUCCAAACCCCAAACGCACACUCUCUCUUUCUCUCUUUUUUAAGAGACACACAGUACCCAAAUCCAAAGCUAUUACUCUUUCUCUCUGUCUCUCUUAGAAAACAUUCACACCAUUUGAAAUCUCAAACCAAACCCAAGGCUUGAUCUUUUUUGGCUGAAAUGUACAGACCGGUGAUGCUCAUGGCCUCAGAUUACCAGAGCACAACCCAAGAUUCUUCCCGUUUUGGGAGCGAAGAAUCCAAAAAACCCGAAACCACCACCAAAACCAGUACUAGCAGCAAAGGAAAAUCAAGGAAGUCAGCUAAACCUAAAAGGCCAAAGCCCCAGAGAGGUGUUGGUGUGGCUCAGCUGGAGCGCCUCCGUCUCCAACAGAGAGGUGUGGGUGUGACCAAAUUAACCCAAAUGCCCCUCCCCCAUAUCCUACCGCAACCUCAACCUCAGACCCAAGUUAUCCAAAAUGUUGGUUUUCCAGAUCACCAGCAGCGCCAGUUUCAAUACUACCCAAACCCAGAAACCCGCGCCGACCCGCUUCUCAGCAUUCCGGUACUCUACGGUGCGUCCAACUACGAUGGAGCCAUGAGUACUGGCUCUGGUUUGGUGGGCUUGGACCGCACCAGUUUGUUUGUUCAGACAGUUAGUGGGAAUGGUGGUUCCGCUGGGUUUGGUUAUGGGUACAAUGUUCGUCUUCAAAAUGAUGUUGGUGGGUUGGUUAUGGAUCCGAACCAGUACGGUGUCGUUGGGGCUGGGGCUCCGAAUCGUGGGGCUGUGUAUGAGAUCUCGAACGAGCUCUCUUCAAUACCAAAGAUGAAGCAGAAACCCUCCUCUUCUUCUUCAUCUGAAUAUUGCUGCUGUUGCAAGCAGAAGAAAAGAUUCAAUUGUGGAAACAACAUGGGUUUUGGGGAAUCUCCGGCUGUCUUUCCGAUGGUCAACAGUUCUGAUCUUCCCGGAUUCGACCAACAAAACAUCCCAAAUGUCCGGGUAGCUGGGGAAAUCGGCGUUGGUUUCAAUGCUGGUACUUACUUGGACCGCCGCUCCAGUCUUGUUGAUGAGAGUGUGGAGGUUAGGGCAGUUCACAGGAAGGGGAGACAAGCAGGUGGUGAUAUCAUGAAGGAGUAUGAAUUCUUUCCUGAUCACAACAACAACUCUUCUUCAGUAGUCUCAUCAGGCACAUAUCCCAUGGAGCAUAAUAUAGUUGCUUCAUCAACUAAUUCUUCUUCAGUUGGUAGAUCAUCAGAAGCUUCUGAUCAACAUCUUGGUUCUGCUUUUGAGGGGGCUGACAUGAUGAUGAUGAUGAUGAGCAGUGGCCAUAGUCCUGUUGAUUUGUCACUCAAAUUGUCUUUCUAGAUGUUGAGGCAAAAAAAGUGUGUCUAAUUUUGUUAAUGCAUAUGGGAAAGAACCCAGAUGCAACUUUUUGUUUUCCUUUUUUGUGGUUAAACUAAUUAGCCCAGAUGAAACAGCAGCUAGCUAGAUUUUGUAUUUCCUUUAAUUCUUAAUUAGCACUAGAACUUAUGGCGUGGUAUUGUAGCUCUGAGCUAGCUGUUUGAUAUAAGAAGCUAUAUGCUAGCUUUAGCUGUGUGUUUUUACCUUGAAGUAGCUGAAACUAAAAGCCCUAGAGG